AUGAACAAGCGGCCCCUAGGCCCCACCGGGCUCCCAGCCAAACCAGGUAAUCCCGGCGUACCCAACGUCGGGGGCUACGGAUCCACUCCCGGCCCAGCUCCGCCCUUACCUGCUGGACCGAUGCCGCUGGGCUAUCCUCAACAGCCACAGUAUCAGCAACAGCAGGUCCCGCAGCAACAGCAGUAUGGGCAGCAGCAGUAUCCUGCUCAGCAAGCGCAGCAGCAACAGCAGUAUGGCGGGCAGCAAGGGGGACAGCAGGGCGGACCGCAGGCUGUGGAUCCUGCGGCGCAUGCGGCGGCUUGGGCGGCGUAUUACCAGGCAACUGGCCAACCCAAUCCUUACGCCCAAGCCCAACCUCAAGCCGUCGGUACUUCCCCCAACCCUGCAGCUCCCGGAGCAGCCACCGCGUACGCAAACUACGGCUACGGUGCCGGUGCCACCCACGCGAAUCAUCUGCAACCUGGUCAAGCUGCCCCGCAACAGCAAGCAGGGCAGGCUUACGGGGCCUACCAAUACCCACAGCAACCUCGCCCGCCGGCCGCUGCUGGCGCGUACGGUGCACCCCUUCCCGGUCAGCCACAAUAUGCCAACUACGGUCCUCAGCAACCCGUACCACAGCAGCAGCAGCAAGCGCAGGGGUAUCGCCCGCCCAUGCAGCCUCAAGCGGGGUACGGCUACAACUCGCCCGUUGCCCAGCCGUUCCCUGUCCAGGCUGGACAAUACCCUCAGCAGCCGCAAGCUCAGCAGGCAUUCUACGGGCAACAACAGCCGCCCACAGCAGGCUUCCGGCCGGGGAUGAAUCCCAGUCCGGUCAGGCCAUACCAGCCCCGCCCGCCCCGUCCGCCAGGGAUGGGCAUGUCUCCCUCUCCUGCGCCCAGCAUGCCCAUGAAUGGCGGUAUGGGCGUUCCACCAGCGAAGCGGCCUCGCUUUGACGGUCCGGGAGGCGGAGCUACAGGUGCACCGGGGAUGUACCCGCCCGCGACUCGGCCAGGAGCCAUGGGAAUCAAUAAUGGUCAACCCGGAUUCGGAGCUGUUCCAGGCAGACCACCCAUAGCUGUCGGCGGCGGACCUAUACAUCUUGGCGGACCAGCACGAGCACCUGUCGCUGCCGCAACCCCGCCGAUCGUCCGGCCGCCGAUCCAUCUCGGGAUGGGCGGGCCUCCUCCACCGGGCAUCAUCGCUCCUCGCGGACCGUCCUUCGCGCGCGGAGGCGGCAUAGCGGGCCGGGGUGGACGAGGAGGUGUACAUGUUCCAGGAGCACCGAGGGGCCCAGCGGGCAUGUCCGGCUUUGGACGGGGCCGAGGGGCGGCAGUGGUUGGACUGGGCGGAAGAAGGGGCGCGUACGCCGCGGGCGUGGAGAGGGAGCGGGAAGAGAGGGAGCGGAGGAGGGAGAAGGAGAAGGGAGCAAAUACGACCAUGACGGAUUUCAGAAUCGUCGGGAUACAGAUCAGUCGAGUGGGCUCGCCGGCGGAGGAGGCGGAGGGGAAGGGGUGGAAGUGGGGUUGGGUCGAAGAUGAGGCGAGGGCACUGCAUCCGCCUCCGCCAAAGGAGGAGGAGGAUGAGAAGGCCGAUGAAGAGGUGGAGGUCGAGGUGAAGAAGGAGGCGGGCGAGGAAGGAGAGAAAGUGGAAGUCAAGGUGGAAGAGGAGGAGCGGAAGGAGCCAGAAGCUGUCGGCUCGGUGGAAGCGGAGGAGAAGAGGGGUGAGAAGCGGAAAGCAAAGACACCGGAUGGCGACGAAACGGAAGGCUCGAGCAAGAAGCGCGCAGCUCUUGACGCUGGGGAUCACACGACCGAGGCCGCCGCUCCCGCUCCGGAGGCACUGCUCGCGCCCAGCUCGGUCGAUCUGCCCAAGCCCGAGCUGGACGCUGCGGCAGAAACUGACGUCAAGGUUGAGCCUGUCGAUUCGACCGAGACCGCCCAGCCCGUCGACGGUGAUACUGUCACUAUAAAUGGUGAAUCCUCUGCAGCAGCUGUACCCAAUUCUGCAGCAGCUGUACCCAGUCCCGAACUCUCCGCCCCUACCCUUACACCUGAACCCGAACCUCCUUUGAGUAAAUUCGAAGAACCCCAAAACCGCUUCCGGAUCUACUUUGACAGUCCACCCGAACUGGAUCGGAUACCCAAAGCGAUCCGUCGGGGAAUCAACAAGCGCUUCAGGAGGGAGAGCAGCAGUGUGGCGCCGUCUGUUCAAGGUCAGGCGCAGGCUGAGGGCGAAGCCGAGGAGAAGGUACCGGAGGGAGGAGCGGAGGGUGCCGAGGCGGAGACGGUCGUUGGAGAGGCGCCGGUGGGAGUGGAGGUGAAGGCUGAGAUUGGGACGGAGGAGGCGGCGGAAGAGGUGAUUGCGGGUGCUGAGGUGGUGGAGGGGGAGGUACCGGUUAUCCCGGCGGAUGCUGACUCGAGUGGGGCGCUGGGGGAAAGGAAGGCCGAUCCAGCAGCCGAGGCAGUGGCGGAGGCUGUGGUGGCUGAGAGUGCAUCAGCGGAUGAAGAGACAGGGGGUGCGGAAGAGGAGACCGGAGCGGGCGACGUUUCGAUGCGGACAGAUGUCGGGCAUGACGCGGAUGCGGCGGAGGGAGAGCAGGCGGAAGCAGCGCUUGAGGCACCGGAAGCUGCAGUCGAGGCUAUACCUCAGGUGGAGUCUGUUGGCGAACCCAGCGCGGAAGCUCCUGCUACCGACGCGGUCGACGCGAUAUCCGCCCUCCCCUCCGAAGCGGAAGCUGUGCCGGCCACGGCAGAACAGCCUAUCGCCACUCGGACACGCCGGCGAUCUUCCGUCAGCUCGCACGCUACUCAUCCGGACGGUACAGCCACUGUUAACGGUGACGCUGAGGCAUCCGCGCCUUCAGCGCCCGCUGUGGAUGCGGUACCGGCCGGUCCUCAACCAAGUGUCAACCGGAUCAGUAUCCUGUAUGAGGAGAGCAGUCGGCGGAUCUGUGUGGAUGCGGAGGCGGUGGAGAGUGUCAGGAUAUAUCGUGCUGAAGGGAAGAUUGAGGUGUGUUUGAAGGAGGAGGAGCCGGUGGUGGCUGUCGAAGGGGAAGAGGAAAGGGAGGCGGAGAAGGUCGAAGGGGAAUUGAGAAAGGGUGUCUUGAUGGAAAUGUACGACUCUACAGACGAACGAUUCGUCGCUCUCUCCGCUUCUCGCCUGGCCGAGAUCUACCCGUCCUCCGAUGCUACCUCUACACCGGAGGCGGAAUCCAUACCACCACUCCACACCCAAGGCCCAAUGACCAUCACCGUUUGGCUCAACAAGAAGCGGCCACUGAGCGAGCCCAAAUGGUGCCGUUCCAACUCGGCCGACGAGUGGCUCUUUGAGACCUUUUCCUCCCGUCGGCUCGACACCACCGCUGACGGCUGGCGGGGAAGGCUCCACGUUGUCGAUCCCGAUCCAGCCCCGACGCUCUCGUCGAUUCUGACGAGCUGGACGGCCGGUGCGUCCUCCGGGACCCUCGGCGAUCGUCGGGCAUUCAUCGAUUCCCUCACGGCCUCCAACGACGCCGCGGACUUGCUCGAGAUUCUCCUCCGUCUCGCGCGGGGCGAUCGGAACCCGACCGUCGGAUCGGGGCACGGCGGCUCAGGCGGCGGUGGUGGCGGGUUUGGGUCGCUUGCAGGUGCGAUCCGCCCCGACUCGCCGUACGCGAGCCAUCAGACCCAUGUCUCGCUCGCGGUGCUGCAGAUGUAUAGGCUCACGAUGGUUUAUGCGGAUAAGGCGGGAGAGGGGGAUGCGGUGAGGGAGAAGGUGGAGGAUAUUGUGAGGAGUCUGCCGGUGGGUAUGAUUCAGAGGAGUUUGGAUGGGCUGUUUAGGGAGUGGGUGGACAAGAGGGCUGGGAAGUGA